AUGUCGAGAAGAAGCUCCGCCGCUCCCAGCCCUGCUGGCAGCGAUGCUCCCAGCAACGAUACAAACAGCAAGGACCGUGUAAUAGACAAGCAGAAAAUGCUGCUCUCGGCAGACUCGGGCCACUUCAGCUUGCUCAGGGCGCUACAUCUGGCCGAUCUUGUUACCGAAUUGAAUGUCAUGUCUGUCUUCUCAUCGAUGCGAUACUGUCUAGGCGAGUCGACCCAAUAUAGGGAUCUUUGGAUAGCCCUGUCAUUCAUGCCAUUUGGUCUCUUCUUCGAUUUUAUGGACGGAAAAAUUGCCCGGUGGCGACGAAAAGCGUCAAUGAUGGGCCAAGAACUCGAUUCUUUAGCUGACCUGGUAAUACCAAAACUACAAUACAUGCAUGAUCGCCAUGUUUUGCUGAACUCCCCAUCUAACAAUCUUUCUUCAAUCUACAAGGUCUCCUUCGGCAUCGCUCCCGCUGCCGCCGCCUUCGCAAUCGGCAUGCGCAGCCCCCUGGACCACAUAUUCCUCACAUUCUUCGUCCUAUGCGGCCUUACCCGACUUGCCCGCUUCAAUGUGACCGUCGCCACUCUGCCCAAGGAUACAUCGGGCAAAGCGCAGUAUUUCGAAGGCACGCCGAUUCCGACGACACUGGCGAUUGCGGCGCUGAUGGCGUAUUGGGUGUCGCAGGAUUGGAUUCUGGGGGAAAUACCGUUUGGCGUGGUGGGUGCCGGUUCACUAUUGGAAUUUCACCCGGCUGUUGGUUUGUUUGUGGUUCAUGGUUGUUUGAUGGUUAGUAGGACGAUACAUAUUCCGAAACUGUGA